AUGACCGACAUUCGACAGAAUUUUAUUAUAAAAACGGCUGGAAAUUAUUUUGGACUUGAUCCUGUUGAUGAAAAUAAUAUUUUAAAAUCAGGCAUUGAGUAUUUAAAUGCUUUUUUAAACUCCUCUAAUUGUUGUACAUUAUACGUGAGAAGCACAGACUCUAAUACACUGGAGGCAAAUGACAAAAUCGUUUUGCAAAAGGAACAAAACAAAAAAGUUAUAGUAUUUUAUAAAACUCGCCCAGAAAGUAUAACAGAACAUAAUUUACACUUAAUUAUUUGCGUAUAUUCUAUGCUGGAAUCUCCAACAGAAGCACUUUAUCAUAGCUUACAUUAUAUAUACACGCCAUCACUUUUAAAAGAUACAGAAUCAGAAAUAAAACUAGACCCGAAAUUACAAUGCCUUAUUUCAGACCUAGAGAUGGGCUUAAAAACUACUAUUUUUAAAUCUUCCUUUAAUCAAACAAAUAAUUCAAUAGAAUCACAUUUAGGAGCUAUUAUAGAUAUUGAAGAUGAAGCAGAAUAUUGGACUGUUGUAAAAAAACAUACAAAUAAUAAAUCAGAAUCAAUAGCUGCUGAGAAAAUAUGUUCUUUAUUUUCACCAGUAAUAAAGCAAUUUAGAGAAUCAUCUAUUCAAGACAUUGAAGAAUGUUUAGAAAAUAUACAUAAUUGUCUGGAUGACAUUUGGAAAAUUGAAGAAAUUAAAUAUUCUCAGGCGAGAAUGGAACACUUAUUUGAAGUUAUAGGGAAUAAUAUAAUAAAGCUAAUUCAACAAAAAACUAUCGAUAUGAAUAUAUGGUCAAGUGAUUAUUAUGAAAAUAUUGAUAUGUUAAAAAUGUGUAAAAUAAUAUGUAGUAAAUGGAUUAAAAUAUGUGAAGAACUUACUAUACUCUACUGGCCCAAUUACUCAUACCAUAAAUGGAUUGGUUCAAAAUACUUACCAGAAAAUGUAAUUUCAUUUUCCAAUCACGUUGAAGAAAUAAUAUCCAUAUUAUGUGUGAACUAUCAAAUGAUAAAACUAUUAACAACUAACGAACAAGAAAAAUUAAGAACAACAGAUAAUUUGAAACCGUUUACCGAAUUCAAAUAUGUGAGUCAAUUGAAUAUUUACACUAAAGCGAUGUGGACAACUGCUGUAGAAAAAUUUGAACAAAAAUUACAACCAGCCGAAGAUUUAAUAGUUGGGAAACUUCGAAACUUAAUUGAUCGUAAAAAAAAUAAUACCGUAGAAUUGAUUUAUGAAUUUGUUCGCUAUCAAGAAAUAAUAGAAAGACCCAGCAUUUAUACACAACUCAAAGGGGAACUGGAAAAUUUCUUAAAUUGCGUAAAACAAAUGAUUAAUGCUAUUGAAGAUGAAACUGAUGGUGAUCAAGUCAAAAAAUCCAGUGUAUUAGAAUUAGCUGGUUUAGAACCAAUUGUAAGAAAAUUGUACUCGUUAAAACAACAGGAAGCUAAGCUGAACAGUGUAGAAAAAGUAAGCGAUCGCAUUAUUUUUCAUUUAAAUGAUUAUCACCUACUGAAAGAUGAAAUAAAUUUAAAAAAAAAAAUCAUUAACAAUUUGCUCACGGAAUCUUAUAAUGAUUGGCUAAAAGAUAGAAGAUCUGCCAUUAUAAAUAAAAGUUUUAGGUUAAAUACAGAUGAGCCCGUAAUUUACUUUCAAUCUGACAAAUUGAUGAAAGUAAAUUUUAAUCCAGAAAUAGAAUUAUUAAUAAGAGAAGUAAAAAUGCUAAAAAUUCUUGGCUAUAAAAUUCCAUCUGAGAUAGAAAAUGUAUCGGAAACAGGAAGCAAAUUUUUACGGCAAGCUAAAUCUCUCGAACAAAUUGCUUCAUUUCAUAAUACAAUAGGAGACCGAAUGAUUCCUUCUCAAAGACCUAUGAUGUUGUCAUCAGCGAUUGAUUUAUUAAACAUAGUCAAAAGACAAAAAUCUGUAACAUGGACCGAUAUUCAAUCCAUUGAUAAUUAUAUACUUGAAAUGCGAAAUCUCAUGGAAAAGAUAUCACUUGAAAAUCAAACAUUAGCUAAUUACCAUCAAGCAAUUUCUAAUAAGAUAAUAAAUCUAAUGGAUAUAGAUAUUUUACAAGAACAACAUCUAUGGAAACAGUCAUUAAAAAGUAUCAGAGAUAUUGUAAGACAAGUUGAAGAAAAAUUCUUGAACUGUGAAGCAUGGAAAACACAUUUAGAUUAUCAGAUAUAUAAAGUCUUAAACCACAGGUAUCAAAUAGGAUUGGAAGCAUUAAAUCAACAUUUACCUGAUUUUAGAAUAGAAAUCGUUUACAGACAACGGCAACUCAAGUUUAACCCUCCAAUGGAAGAAAUACGAAUGAAAUAUUUUUCUCUUCUUAAAAAGUUUAUAUCUGUACCAAUAGUUUUUCGUGGUAUCAUGGAUUCAUCUGAUUCCAAAUUUACAACAAUUGUGGACCGAAAUGCUCCUAAAUUUACGAAAUUAUUCUUAAGAGCUGAAAAUUUAUUUGAAAGAUUAGAAGAUAUUUUAAAAGAGUGGGAAGGUAGAGUAGUACUUGGAUCAAUCGAUAUGGAGAAUAUGAUCCAAGAAACCAUUAAAACGGCACACGACUGGGAGAUCAAUUUUAGAUCAUCAAAAUCGUGGGGUCAACAAAUAGCAAAAUUUAACUGUGCCGAGUUAAAUGUUGAAUGUUUCAUUGUAAGUACAGCUGCUGUACGUUUAGAAUUGGAGAUACAUAAUCGCCGUUAUUGGGAUACAUUGUCCACUUUGUUACUUUCUUCGAUUUUAUUUGAUAUAGCUAAUUUAAAUAAAUUUGUCGAAGAAUCCACCAAUGCAUUACAACAUCAAUCUUCUUCGGCAAAACAAAUAAAUAGAAACCAUAAAAAUAUUAUUGAUGCCUCAAUUGAAAUGGAUAAUUUAGUUUUGGAAAUGAUAAAGAAAUAUAAGGUUUUAUCAAAUUGGACGAAUGAAAAAAUAGAAAAAAUGAAUAAAGUAUUGUCUGAUUGGGAAAAUUUUAAAAAUAUGUUAGAAGAUCAUCAAAUGGUCGUAGGACAGCAGAUAGAAACAAUGAAAAACAAUUUAAUAUCGGAGAUGCAAAGAGUUCUAAACAUGUUUGAAACAUUUAAUUCAAGAUGGCAACAAUAUAAACCAAAAGGAUAUAAUGAUGAAAAUAAUUUAAAAUUUAAAAAAAUCAUAGAUUUUUUAAAAAAUAGUCGCACUGAAUGGAAUGCUUUAAAAGAACAGAAAGAAAAAAUUGUAAAUGAAUAUAAAGAUGCUUACAUUGAUAUACCAGACUUCAGUACAUAUGACUCGAUUGAAAAUGAAAUGGAACAUUUGGAACACUUAUGGGGCUUAUAUGAUGAGUUUAAUUCAGAUUUGCAUAGCAUCGGACAAGAAGAAUGGAUUGGAUUUCGUAGUAAAGCUUACAAAAAAAUUAUGGAUUUUAUUUUACAAUGGCAAGAAAAACUUAAAAAGACGCCAACCUCUCCGCUAGUUAUUAAAAUACAUAAUGAAUUAGAAACAUUAAAAGCUUUUUCGCUUUGUAUUAAAUAUGUUGAAGGAGAACAUUUUACUGAAAAGCAUUGGAUCGAAUUGUUUUCUAUAAUUGGAGUUCCAUAUAAACAUAUUGAACAAUUAAAAUUUGAAGAUUUCAUAUUAGUUAAAGAGAAUAUUCAAGAAAAAUUAACUGUUAUACAAGAAUUAAAUACAAAAGCCGCUAGCGAAAUUACAAUAAGACAAGCACUAUCCGAAUUAGAUAUGUGGGAAUUUGAAACAUAUUUCUCAACACUUAAAUAUAUUGACUCAAAAGGACAAAAUAUUCAGAUUAUUGGCGAUUUUAAAACUAUAUUUAAUUCAAUCGGUGAAAAACAAUGUUUGUUACAAUCUAUUAAGAAUACUUCAAAUGAUGAACAAUUUCUAGAAAAGUCGAAUGCGUGGGAAGGUAAAUUAAUAGAGCUUGAUACAUAUCUAAGGCAAUUUUCUCAAGUGCAAAGAAAGUGGUUAUAUUUAGACCCAAUAUUCGGCAGUGGCACAUUGAAAAUUGAUAAAGAAGUCAAAAUUAGAUUUGAUAGAGUGGAUCGAGAUUUUAAGUAUAUAUUACAACAAUCAAUAGAUUCAAAAGUUUUACAAUUUUUAAAAAUCAGUAACAUUAAAAAUUUGUUAGAAUCUAUGCUUAAUUUAUUAGCAACGACGAAAAAAAGCUUAAACAAUUUUCUUGAGAAUAAACGGAAGAUUUUUCCAAGAUUUUACUUUCUCAGUGAUGAAGAUCUAUUAGAAAUGAUCGGACAGACAAAAAAAACAUCUGUUGUGCAAGCUCAUCUCAAAAAACUAUUUAGUGGUGUACAAAACGUUCAGUUCAAUAAAUCAGGAAAUAUAAUCGCUAUAGAAUCGCCUCAAAAUGAAAUCGUAAUCCUUGAUAAGCCUGUACAAGUUUCCAACCAAAUCGAGGAGUGGCUUCAAUUACUUGUUUUAGAAAUCACUAAUACAUUGAAAAUAUAUUUUAUGAAAUGUCUAAAAGAACCAGAUCCACUGAAAUAUCCAUCACAGAUUUUAUGUAUGGUAAAUGAAGUCCUCUUCAGUUCUAGGUGUGAAGAAGCGAUAAAAAAACAGCAAUUACAACAAUUACAAAAGGCUCUUAAGAGUCAAUUGGAUACAUAUACAGAAUUAAAUAUCGAAAGUACUUUAAAUGGAGAAAAUGUGUUACAUUUAAAAAUAAAAGGUCUAAUAUUAGAUACAAUACACCAUCUUAAUGUAGUGGAUGAACUUAUUAAUUCACGAGUAUCUUCCGUUCAUGAUUGGGAAUGGCAAAAACGAAUAAGAUUCUAUUCGGAUUCUGAAGGAGAAAUAAGUAUUAAAAUGGUCGACUCAGAAUUUCAGUAUUCAUAUGAAUACCAAGGAAUAUCACCAAAACUAGUUCACACGCCUCUCACUGAUAAUUGUUAUUUAACACUUACUCAGGCAAUGAGUAUGGGAUUUGGAGGAAAUCCUUAUGGGCCAGCUGGUACUGGAAAAACAGAAUCGGUCAAAGCCCUAGGAUAUCUUUUUGGUCGUCAAGUGUUAGUGUUUAACUGCGAUGAAGGUAUAGACAUUAAAUCAUUAACACGAAUAUUAAUUGGGUUGGCAAGAUGUGGAGCUUGGGGAUGCUUUGAUGAGUUUAAUCGCUUGGAAGAUUCUACGUUAUCAAUGAUAUCAACCAGAAUACAUCCAAUACAAGAAGCGAUUAAAAACCAAGAAACUAGUUUUAUUUUAGAAAAUCAAAAGAUCAAUUUGAAUUUGAAUGCUGGAAUAUUCGUCACAUUAAAUCCAGCAGGGCAAGAAUAUGGAGGUAGAAAUAAAUUACCCGACAAUCUAAAGCAACUUUUUAGGCCCGUGGUCAUGAGUAAACCAGACCAAACUUUAAUAACCAACGUAACACUACACGCUGAAGGAUUUAAACACCCGAAAACAAUAGCAAAAAAACUUGUCGAAACAUUCGACUCUGCCAGGCAAUUAUUAAGUAAUCAACAACAUUACGAUUGGGGUUUACGAGCUUUAAAAACGGUGAUUGGUUUUUGUGGUACAAUUUUAAAAGCUUCAGCAACUUCAAAAUCGCUGGUCGAAGAAUGUUCAGUAGCCGUACAGGCACUGGAAUUAAAUACAAUAUCAAAAUUAACAUUUGACGACAGUGUGCUAUUCAAGUCGCUCGUCUCAGAUAUAUUUCCAGAAGUACAAAUUACAAAUAGUCCAUUAAUACAUGAUACAUUAACUCAAAAAAUACGAAGAGCAGCAGAAGAUAUGGGAUUACAAAUUAAUCAGAGACAGGAACAAAAAUGUGUUGAACUUUAUGAACAACUUCAACAACGUAUGGGCGUAGUGGUGAUGGGUCCACCAUCGACAGGAAAAACCACAAUUAUUCAACUAUUAUCACGAGCUUUAGCUACGAAUAACAAUAUAAAAAUACAUAAAAUAAACCCAAAAGCUCAAACACGAUCACAACUUUUAGGAAAAGUUGAUUUAGACACACGACAGUGGAUUGAUGGCAUCAUCAGUAAAGCUGCUCAACAAGCUUAUUCUGAAAAUACUGAUAUAAUUUCAUGGAUAAUAUUUGAUGGAGAUGUAGACCCUGAAUGGAUAGAAUCACUCAAUUCAGUUCUAGACGACAAUAGACUACUAACAUUACCGUCUGGUUGGAGAAUACAAUUUGGGAGCAACAUAAACUUUAUUUUUGAAACUCAUUCUCUAAGACACGCAUCUCCUGCAACUGUAUCAAGAAUGGGCAUUAUUCUUCUGAGUGAAGAAGACGUAAACAUAAAAAAUGUUAUCGAUUCCUGGAUAAAUAUGUUUCCUAAGUGUAAUGUAAUAAAAGAAUAUGAAGUCCAGUUAUAUAAAGCAAUCAAAUGGGUGGAAAUGAACAGCCAAUAUGUAUGUCCAUGUUCUACUAUAUCGACAGUAAAAAAUAUUUUACAUAUUUUACAAGGUGUUGAAUCAAAAUCACAUUUUGUUGUCUGUCUAAUAAAUGGAUUAGGAGCAAAUUUUAACUCUUCUCAGAGAGAUAAAUUUUCGAAAAUGGUUUUCGAAAUAUUUGAAGAAUAUAUGCCGGAAAUCAAUGCAAAAUAUUUUUAUUAUAAUCAAACAACAGAUAAUAUAGAAACAUACAAUUUACUUGAUACAGAUAAUUUUGAUUUAUUUGAGUAUAAAAUCGGUGACUUAAUCGAAACACCAAGAAUUUCACACGCUACUGAUAUUUUAAUAAAAUGGAUACAACAAAGCACAUCAAUAUUUGUAAUAGGGCCUUCGGCAUCUGGCAAAAGCAAGACGAUUUUAAAAUGUACUAAUCUAAUAAGGGGAAUUGAAUGCGUUACAAUUCACUGUAGUGCUCAUACAUCACCUGAACAGGUUUUAUUAAAAAUAUCACAGAUUUGUAUGGUAGUUUCUAACAACAAAGGUAGAGUUUAUCGUCCCAGAAAUUCAGAAAAGUUAAUUUUACAUUUUAAAAACUUGAAUCAUGUCAAACCAGAUAAAUGGGGAACUAUACAUUUAGCUGCAUUUAUUCAACAAUUGAUUUUUUUCCGUGGGUUUUAUGAGCCUACUACUUUGGAAUGGAUGGGAAUAGAAAAUAAUAUUGUAAUCAUUAAUAGUUUAACUUCAGUAGACAGAAUUAAUCCAAGAAUGGUUUCAGCAAGUAACAUUUUAUACAUUGAAAAUCCACAAAAAUAUGAACUUAUAAAGAUUUGCUUGGAAUAUUUAAGAACUACUAUAGAAAAAAAAUCAGAAAUUGCUAAUGCAAUUGUAGAUUUAUUAGUAAAGACAAGGGAAAUGCUUACAUCUGUGCAAAUGCCUCAUUAUACAUUCACAAACCAUAUUUUAAUUGAACUGUGUCAGAAUUUAAGUAGAUAUCAAAUUAACAACGAAAAUAACGCAGCUAAGGUAUUGUUUUUUGAAGCAAACCACAUUUUUAAUGACAGAUUAGUGAAAUACGAAGAUAAGAAAAAAUUCGAAGGAAUAAUUCAAAAGAUUUACUCAGAUUAUCAUUUGAAUUUUCAAUAUGAAGACGUAAUUUACAUAUGCGACAGAAAAAUAGACCCAAGCCAUAUUGGUAUGCUUAUAAAAGUAAACAUAGAAGAAUGGAAAACGAUUAUUGAAAAGUGUAUUAUUACAAAUGAAACCACGAAUCAAGACGUUGAAUUGAACACAGAAUUACUAUAUCGCAUAACAGCAGAUUGCGAACGAAUUUUAACGAAACCUAGAGGAUGUAUCUUGCUAUUAGGACGUUUGGGAAUAGGAAGAAACUUAGCCGUAAGAAUUGUAGCAUCCAGACACAAUGCAACAGUUGUAUCGCCUAAAAUACGACCAGUUUUCAACUUAAACGCAUUUAAAAAUGAUCUAAAAACGAUAAUGCAAACAUGUGGAAUCGAAAAUGAAGAGAUUUAUUAUGUCGUUGAGGAAUAUCAUAUUGUAAACAAAGAAGUACUUGACAUUAUAAGUUGUCUUAUAGUAUCUGGCGAACUGAUGGGACUCUACCAGAACGAAGAAUUAGAGUCAUUAUGUUCACCGCUCAAGGAUGAAAUGUCCCAACAGAAUUUCGAUGGAACGCCAACAACAUUUUUUAAACAAAGAAUAAAAAAUAAUUUACACGUAAUAAUGAUUUUGGAUUCAGAAAGUGAGUUUUUCAAUAACUGUUUAGAAAAUAGCCCAGCAGUGCUAGAUCAUAGCCAUGUCAUAUGGAAAGAUAAAUUGGACGAAAAAACUAUGAAUACAAUAUCAGAAAUAAUUUUUAAAAAGAAUAAAAUAAUAGAAAAUUUUCCCUGUAUCACUGAACAUAUAUCAUACUUUACCAAUAUCCACGAAGAAGCUGAAGCAUGGAUAAAAAUUUGCCCAAGACGUUACAUAUCAUUUUUACAAACAUUUAGUGACUUACUAUUAAACAAACAAGAAUCCAUUUAUAAACGAAUGACUCAUUUAAAAGCUGGAUUGUCCAAGUUAACUGAUGCUAGAAACAUUGUUGCAAAAUUAAAAUCUGACGCCGGUGUCCAAGAAACAAAACUAGCAGAAAAACAAGAAAAAGCAAAUCAAGCACUGAAUAUGAUUUCGAGAACUAUGCAAGGAGUUAAUACCAAAAAAGAGCAAAUGGAAAGUCUUAGAAAAGAAUUUCAAAUUAAAAACGACUUUUUAAAUCAAAGGAACAAAGAAAUAGAUCAAGAAUUGGCAAAAGUAGAGCCACUGAUUGAAGAAGCUCAAUCAGCCGUGAGUAACAUCAAAUCCGAAGCAUUGACAGAGAUCAGAUCACUGCGAGCACCACCAGAAGUAAUUAGAGAUAUAUUGGAAGGUGUACUCCGGCUGAUGGGCAUACAAGAUACUUCAUGGAAUAGUAUGAAGACAUUCCUGGCCAAACGAGGCGUUAAGGAAGAAAUUAGAUUUUUUGACGCUCGCAGAAUAUCGGAAGCUAACAGGGAUUCAGUAGAGAAGCUGCUGGAAUCCAAACGCGACUCAUUCGACUCGAAAAACGCAAAAAGAGCAUCCGCCGCAGCCGCUCCGCUGGCUUCUUGGGUAGUAGCAAAUGUCGCAUAUUCACACAUAUUGCACAAAAUAAAACCGUUGGAAACCGAACACGCUUCAUUAAAAUCAAAGUUACAAAAAGCUGAAGAACAGAUAGAACUUUUAAGCGACGGAUUAGAUAGUGUGGAGAAGAAUGUGGUAGAAUUAAGAGAACAAUUGAACGUUAACACCAAAGAAGCAGCGGAAAUCGAAUUAAACAUCAAUAAAGAGAAAAAGACAAUAGAUUCAGCGCAAAAGCUGGUGGAAAAGUUGGAUGAUGAAUUUUCAAGAUGGGGUUUACAAGUAACUGAAUUAUCAUUGACUUUAAAAAAUUUAUUACCGAGCACCCUAUUAGCAUCUGCGUUUGUGACAUACUUAUCAGGAUGUUCAGAUAGUUUGCGUAAUGAAAAAAUUGAAAAAUGGAAAUAUGAGCUUAACUCAAAUGAAUUUUCUUUUUCUAAAUUCAUGGAAUCCGAAUGUCAGAUUCUUCAAUGGAUUACUGAAGGCUUGCCAUCAGAUGAAACUUCACAUCAAAAUGCUAUAAUACUUAAACAGAUUAAAAAUAUUCGAAUUUCGGCUAAAUUCUACCCAUUGAUCAUUGACCCAAACAACAACAUCAUGGAAUGGUUAAAACUAAAAUUACCUGUAAAUUCAAUAGAAAUCACGUCAUUUGAAAAUCCAAAAUUGUAUUCUAAUUUAGAAUUAGCCGUUCGUUUUGGUAAAACGAUGAUAAUUUAUAAUGUAAGAGAAAUUGGUCCUAUACUAAUACCUGUGUUAAAAAAUGAUUUUAUAAUCGAAGGUAGUAGAAAAAUGGUCCAAAUAGCAGAUAGACUAGUCGAUUACAACGAAAACUUUCAAUUAUACCUAUUUAGUAGUAAUGCUGACUUAAAUUUACCUUCAGACCAAUCUGUUUUGUUGACUACAGUAAACUUUACUCUUAAUCACAUUGGACUCACUGAACAGCUUCUACGACAUGCACUUAAAGUACAAAAUCCUAAAUUGGAUUCCAUGCAUUUGGAACUGUUACAUAAAGAAGAAGAAUUUAAGUCAAAGCUUCAUGUAUUACAAGAAAAUGUACUAAAAUAUUUGGCAGACGCUCGAGGGAAUAUACUCGAAAAUCAAGAACUGCUCAAUUCAUUAGAUGACAUAAAAACUAAUAGUUCAGAAAUAUCGAAAUCGCUGAACGAGUCGUUAAAAGUACAAAGUCAACUAGAAUCUGAAUGUCAAGUGUACAAACCAUUUUCUAGUUACGCAUCAAACAUAUAUUUUGCGUUAAAAUAUUUAUUCAAUGUCAAUCGUUUUUGUCAAAUUUCGCUAGCGACAUUUGUCAAAUUGUUUCAGUCUACAUUAAAGGAAUCUACCGGCGGUAUUAAUCAAGAAAAGAAGUUAUUACACACAAUUUAUUAUUAUGUUUCAAGAUCACUUUUCAAAGACCAACGGUUAACAUUCGCCACAUACUUGUCUUAUAAAUUGAAUCCUAAUGAGUUUGGUCCUAAUGAAUGGGAAUUAUUCAUCGGAAAAAAUACGUCAAACGUCGACGAAGGAUUAAAUUUUAAAGACAGUGUUCCAAAAUGGAUUGAUGACGAUAGAACGUAUGAUGUAUAUAUGUUAAAAGAGAUGGUACCAGAACUUUAUGAAAAACUCCAACUUGAAAAUCAAAAUAUUUGGAAAGACUUUAUAGGAGCCGCGAAUCAUGGUAUUCCUAAUUUUGUUAACGCUUCAAAUUUCCAAAAAGUAUUAAUAACACAAGCAUUGAAACCAGAUAGAUUGCAUAAAAUAUUGACAGAAUUUUCACUUAAUCAACUAAAAUUGACUGAUUUAUCUCCAUCGACGCUGAAUCUUUCUAAACUAGUCGAAGAAAACUCAGAGCCAAUGAUGGUUAUAACAUCCAUUGGAUCUGACCCUUCUGAUGAGCUAAGGAUGUUGGCAAAAAAGGUGACCCACACAAAUUGUACGGAAAUAGCCAUGGGCGAAGACCAAAAAGAACUCGAAACACUACGUGAAUUGUGCAAACAGCCAAAAUGGGUAGUUUUGAAAAACGUACAUUUAUGUUCGGCAUCCCUCUUGAUGACACUAGAAAAACUAUUGAAGUCGUUAGGGAAUGUACACGAAAAUUUCGCGGUAUGGAUGACCACAGAACCCGAUGACAAAAUUCAAAACUCCUUCAUCAUGUCGUGCGUUAAAGUCGCAUAUGAAGCACCGCAUGGAGUCAAGAAGAACAUGAGACGAGCCUACGACAUAUGGAAAAACGAACGCAUUAAGUGGAGUUCUUCGGAUGAAACAAGAUCCGUGUACGCUUUAGCGUGGUUCCAUUCUAUCAUAUUAGAACGUAGGACGUACAUACCACAAGGAUGGUCGCAAUACUACGAGUUCAAUGAUUCAGAUUUAUCUGCUACGCUUAAAGUAUUACAAAAAUCAAUGCAUCGAGAAAAUAGUUCGACAAGAUGGGCACAUAUUCAAGGGCUAUGCGAAAAGGCAAUUUAUGGUGGCAGGAUCACAAAUGUUCAAGACAUGGCGAUCCUUACGACAUAUUUGCGGUGCAUAUUCACAUCGGACAACGUUAAUUGGAAAGACGGUAUACCUGGAAUAAUGAAUCUGAAUUCUGGAGACACAAAGGAUAUUGAGAAUGCGUUGAGAAGUGUUCCGGAACAAGAUACAUCGAAAAUAUUAGACUUACCGGAAAACGUUGAUAGGUCUUGGCAAAAGAAACAAAGUAUUGAAAUAAUAUCUCAACUAAGACGUAUUAGCGCCGGAAUCCAAGUCAAACAACUUAAAGGUGACUGGCACUUGGAUAUUCAGCCCAUUUUGAAUCUUUGGAAGGCAUUGAACAAAGGCACGAACCUAAUAGAAUUGUCAACAGUCAAAAAUGCUGCGGACAGUAAUCAGCAACCGAUAGAUGUGUUCGUCGAUCAAGAAUUGAAUUUCGCCAUUCGAUUGGUUAAAAAUAUUCACAAAAGUCUGGCCGCCAUAAAUCAAGCGAUUCGCGGAAACACGAGGCCAUCGCCAACCGCAUCGGAUACAGUGUUCCAUCUUCUUCAACUUCAAACGCCCAAAAAGUGGAUGGAUUUAUGGGACGGUCCGAACGAUUCGACCACUUAUGUCAGAAGCGUUGUUGCAAGAACAAUAUCAGUGAACAAAAUGAAAGCUUCGGCCGAUAAAUUAUCUGAAAAAAUCGACCUCGACAAACUGUUUCAUCCCAAAACGUUUUUGAUCGCACUCAAACAACAAAGUGCAAAAUAUUACAAAAUGCCAAUGGAUAGCCUAACACUAGAUUGUUCACUGUCAAGUAAUGGAUUAAAAGGUUCCAAAAUAAGUUCAACAGUAUCAAAUUUAAUUCUGGAAGGAGCUAGAUUUCAUCGCAACACACUCAUUGAAAACACAAUAGAUUCACCUUCAGUAACAAUAAUAGAAGAUAUUAAAAUUGCAUGGAUUCCAGAGGAACACACGAAAAACUCAAAAAAAUCUGAUUUACUAAUAGCAUUAUAUGAAACACAAUCGAGGGAUCAUUUAAUAUCAUUGCUACCAAUAGCAAUCCCAUUAAAUGAACGAAAAAAAUGGAUUCUAGCUGGAGUAACACUAUUUUUAAGAACACAUUAACUAUGAAAUUAAAAAUGAAAAUUAUUUAAUUAUAUAGUAAAAUAUUUAUGAAUAAGCUUCAAAUUAUUCAACUUCACAAUAAAUU